UACCCGCCGGCGGUAUUUUUGAUGCUUGGGAAUGAAUUCUGUGAGCGAUUUUCGUUUUAUGGAAUGAAGGCCAUUCUCACCCUAUACUUUAUCUAUGAACACGGUUACACUGAGAGCUUUGCAACAUUAAUCUACCAUGCGUUCACCUGCCUAGCCUACUUGGCUCCUUUAGCCGGAUCCGUACUUGCCGAUUCCUACCUUGGACGAUUUAAGGUCAUCCUCUAUGGUUCAUCUAUCUAUGUUCUCGGCCACGUAUUGUUAUCUUUUGGAGCUGUGCCAACUAUGGGAUUGUGUAAGGGACUUUAA